AUGGAGGAGGAACCAAUUAUCGAUGUGUCUUGGAUUCUAACUGGUACUUUGUGUUUGCAGUUCUCGAUGGGCCGCAUCCACCACCAGCUCAAGUCACGUGCCUCCAUGCAUGCUUAUGUCAGCGCUAGUGCCAUCAUCUACACCGCCGCCAUCCUCGAGUACCUCACUGCCAAGGUCCUCGAGAUGGCCAGCAAUGCUAGAAAGGACCUCAAGGCGAAGAGUUUCACCCCGUGGCACCUGCAUCUUGCCAACCGCAAGAACGAGGAGCUCGACACCCUCAUCAAGGGCACCAUCGCUAGUGGCGACGUCAUCCCGCACAUCCACAAGGCAUUCAGCAACAAGACUGCCAAGGAGUGA